CGCUUCCCAUGGGCUUGACGAACAGCAUGGAUUCCUAAACCCACAGGGCAGAGGUUGCUCCGGGGGCCGCGGCGGGGCGCUAUUCGGAGUCAGCUGGGACAAGUGGUCUAGGCGGGGCGGAGGGGAAUGGCGCGAGUCCCAAUCAGCAGCCAGGCCUCACUGGCAGUGGCACUCCCAACCACCUUUUCGGACUGCUACUGCAGUGGCCGCAGCCUUAAAAAAAAGGCCCAGCUGCUCUGAGACGUCGCUUCCGGUGUUUCCUGCUCUGGGGAAAGGAGGCGGCGCGCCUGCGAGUGGACGGCGAGACCUGCACUGGAGAACGAAUGCGCGUGAGACAGGCCGAGAGAUAUUGAGAAGGAUGAACCCAAGGGGCCGGGGAGAGAGGAAAAGGGAUGGAGAGGGAGACAUAGAAAAAGCGCCACAGAAAGAGCUCAGGAGCAAACCAGAGAGGCCCGAGAGGCCAAAUGAGAGACGGAGGAAGAGGGUGGUGCAGGAUGCAGAGGGAGCCAGAGCUUCAGGCAGGCGGGAAGGAGAGUCAGGGACAACAACCGCCCUACAGUGGGGCAGGGGAGAGAAGGAAAGAGGAGUGGGGCACCAGGGCAAGUGUGUGUCGAGACCACAAUGGUCCCUCGGCCAAUAGUGAAGGGCGCCCCGGAGAGGAGUGUUGUUUUUCUUGGAGAGCCCUUCGCUUCGCCAUCAGAAUGGCGUUUGAACAGUCUGCGUGUCGCAUAUUGCUCUUUCUGUAGCGGGAGACUGCUGUCUUUUAAGAGAGGAAAUAGGAUGUAAACUUUCUGUGGGCAUCAUUUAGCAGCCGGGGUGUCACAGGCGUCACAUUCGAGUUUGGUUCAGAAAUAACCCAUUUCAGGCUUGCGUGGUGGCACAUGCCUGUAAUCGCAGCACUUAAGGUUUGUGCCAAGUUCGGGUCAGCCUGAGCUACAGAGAGUUCAAGGCCAGCCUGAACUACAUAGCAAGACCCCGAUUUACAAAAAGAAAAAGAAAAAGGAAAUAAACACUCCCCCAGAAGUAACCAGUUCCCUUGGCAUCGCCUCUCUCCCCUCCUCCUCUCCCACCCCACAGUGUGAGACAGAAUCAUUCAAAUGUUUUCGAGACCAGCAACAUUUCUCAAACGGAACCAUCAGAAAAACUCUUCCUAGAACUCUUGAGAGGUUCUGUGGUCAGGAUGUGACUUAGGAAUGAGUACACAUGCUUUUCAUAGGCUCUGGGAUUCCUGCCUUAGCGCACAAAUAUGGGUCAUUAUCAAGUAACUGUGCAGGCUGAAGCGUGUGGUAGUCAGGGAAGAAAGGCAUCUUCGGUUAUCUCCUUUGCUUGAGUACAGCAGUGGACUUCAGUGGGUUCAGAAAUGUGGUGUUAGGAUUAGUCACAGAUUUCCAGUAUCAUCUCCCUAGAUUCACACAGCCUUCUUGGGGGUAUCGGAUUUGUGUGUUCAGCAGUAUGUUUUAGGAUUGUUUUGUUUGACUUAUCCAAAAAGGCCAAGUGAAUGGCCUGGCUUGGCUAAGCCUCUCAGUGUAUCUACCAGCACGGAGAGAAAGGCCAGAAAGGAAGGAUUUGUAUAUUUGAAGGAGCAAAAUUUCAGCAGCUCCCUGUCAGGGGCAGUGUCUCUUUACCUGGACCAUCUUGGCAUUCAACACAGUGUUUGGCGUACAAAUUUUGUAGGGAAGCACUGCUUGAACUCUUUUUGGUUAGAGAUAAACUGCGCUGAAAAUCAUUUGUGUGUUCUAUGAAAUAGUUAAAACUACAUCUUGGUAAUCUGUUUCCUCAGCAAGUGGGUUGAAGCUGCUCUCAAGAUUACUGUUUAGUUCUAAGCCAGGCAGUCAUUCAUUACAGGGAGAAUUGACAUUCUUAAAGUAAUAGUCCUGGGCUAUAACAGAAUCUAUGUAUGAUAUCAGCAGAUAAUUACAAUUUCAAGGUAAGGGGAGCAUUAUAAGCACAAGAUGCUGAAUGUGAAUUACAACAGCUGACUGUGAAUUACAGCAGCUGACUGUAGUGAGAGAGAUUGAUGUAAGGAAUAGUACAGAGACCUUUGCAUUUUAAAGACCUAAGUGAGUGAGAAAUAAAUAUUGUCACUACCUACCUGUGUGACCUUGAGUAGCUGAACUCCUCCGAUCCUCGUUUAUAUCAUUUGAAAGUAGGGAUAGUAAUACAAACCCAGGGUCCCUAAUCUGAAACUCCAAAACCAAAAUACUCUAAAACCUGAAUAUUUUUGAGCACCAGCAUGAUACUGGAAAUGGAAAAUUCCACACCUGACCUCUGAUACUUUGCAGUCAUGGUAGGAGUGUAGCUCAGCAAUAGAGGGUGUGCUUAGCAUCCCUGUGACCCUGGGUUAAAUCCCCAGCAAACACACACGAGCAUGAGCACACACAGAAUACACACACAAUCACAGAUGCAUUGAAAGUAUUCUAUAAAAUUACCUUUAGGCUGUGUGUAUAUGACAUCUAUAAUAACACGCAAAAGGAUUUUAUGUUUAGGCUCCAGUCUCAUCCCUGAAAUAUGUCAUUAUGUGUAUGCAAAUAUUCCAAAAUCUGAAAAUUCUGCCUUGUGAAACAUCACUGGUCCUACUUUUCUGCACUGUGUGUCACACCAGCCUAAGGAAGCAGCUCUUCCAGACCACCUGGGCUUCAGGACCGCCUCUCUGUUCCAAUCCUUCCAUGGCUCAUGAUUUGAGCCUUGUUUUGUUCAGUGCCUUGCUUCAAACACUGGUAGGACUCUGAGAACCCUUAUCCUAAAGUACUAUGUGUUGCGCAUGAGCAGAUGCCGAAAGUAUUUCAGCUGGAUUUUCUGUUCAUCCAGUGUGUAUGUUUUUUUCUCCCCACACUGCCUAGGGUCCAGAAUCAUGUGCUAUGAGUGCCAUAGUUUCCCACUUCUCAGUUGACAGGUAUCAUUAUGCCAGCUAGAAAUAAUAUGUUGUGGGUGAGUGGAUAUAGCAGAUCCUGUGUUCAGAUUUCUGUUCAUUGAAGGGGUAGGAAGCAUCGUGUCUUCUAUCCCCACCCUACUGCCAGUUGUCUACUACCAGUGGAGUCUCCAGUCUUUUCCUCCCUAUACCAUUUCUUGAACAGAAUUUGACUUCCUCAGACUGAGCUCUGUCUUCACAAUGGGGCUACACUGGAUAUCUCACCAACAAGGCCACUGAACACAAUGUAUCCUUGGUAAAAGGCUGCUUGCAUGAAUAUAUCCUUGCCACUCAGGUUGUGUUGUUUUGUAGAUGAGAGGUGUAGAUGUCCCUCAGCUGACUGUCAGCAGUAUAUGUGAUGUGAGCUCACUGAUCAGUGAUCUUGGUGACCAGGUGAAUUCUUCACUGGCAAGAAGAGAUUCUCUUGUAGACUUUCUCCUGCUGCUUUGGCCCCUCCUCAUCUUUCCUAGUCCCUAGGACCCUCCUUUCAGCUCCCUCUGCUGUCCUGUCUCUUUCAGACCACCUUGCAAGGACCAUGUUGGUUUCUUCAUUUUCUUUUACACUCAGAAAUAGGCACUGCUAGGUAUUUACUGACAUCACCGUACUUUAUGUGACAGUACUAAUGCCAUACCCUCCAUUCUCAGCCUGGUAGGAUACAACUUAUAUGUGGAAGACCCAAAAUUAUAGAACACCUGUGUGCAAAAGACUGGACAGUGCUGACUGACCUACUUCUUAUAUGGCUGCAACACAGACUCCUUUUUCCCUGGCAUCAUAGAAGUCUGGCAUCUUCUGGCCAUGCAUUUUCCUACCUCCAGACUAGUUAUCUGAAAACCACCAGCUUCACCUUCCCAUCUAGGCUCCAGGGCCUCGCAGAGCUUCUGGCUCAGGCAAGACCUCCAUGGAUCCACUCCAGAAAUGGAAUCCAGGGUUGAUUUCUGGAUCUUCCAAGAUGGCCACUGCAGAGACAUCCCAGGAGGGCACGACCGCCUCUCAGUCUUCCUCCACAGGACAGCUAAUGAUAGACCUCAGUAGUCUGAGCAUCAGUCCUGGCUCCAACCUUUCUGCACCUCUGAGACAGGGACUUUUCCAGCCACAGUACAAGGAAGAGAAGACUCUGCCGGAGCAGCACUGGGAAAGGCUGGGGUUCCCUCAGAGGAAGAAAGCAUUCCUGGGACACCUGGGACGCAGGCACCGUGAUCACAUGGCACCUUACCCAGUCGAAAGGGAAACCAGGCUCUCUUUCCCAGGCAGUAGAGCUCAGAAUCAAUUCAGGUGUCAGUGUCGAUACUGCCAGGCCCACACGCCAAGUAGUUCUGGGGUCACUGGGGAGAAGAAUGGGACCCUCAAUCCCUCCUCCUGGGAAACCCUCGUGCAGGGUCUCAGUGGCUUGACCCUUAGCCUGGGCACCACCCAGCCUGGCCUUCAGCCAGAUGGGGUGCAGCAGCAGAAGCCAGAGGAAAAGCACCAACUGGAGAGGCAGCAGGAAAGCAUGUUCCAGAGGCUGCUCAAGCAGUGGUUGGAAGAGAACUGAGAUGCUCAUUCUCCAGGGACAAAGCCUCUUAGGGAUUCAGACCGCACCAUGUUGCAAGCUUUUGGGGGUUGGGACUCUUCGGAUACCAAGCAGUCGCUCUCAGAAAAGGAGUCCCAAGACCUGUGUCUUCAUCUUUCCUGCCUGUCAGUUGUGGAACGCUGAGAGGCAUUUGGGGGCAGAGGAGACUGCACACCAGUGUUCCCCACGUCCUUUCAUCUGGUUCCCAUGCUGCAUGUUGUCAGUUUCCCAGCCUGGAUCUCCAUCUUUGCUCCUUAACUUGUCAGGAAGAUGUAAGAUGUCUGUGUAGUGUGAAUGCCUCAUCGAUGUCCGUGUGCUUUUGUACCAUUUUACUGAUCGCCACCCAGGAACAGAGCUGGGUCUGCUUGAAAUGGCAGUGCUUGAUUCUGAGAUCCAGGUGCAAACAUCUGCUGCCAAACAAAGUGUGGGAAAGGGAUGUGGAAUUAGAAUUUGAUGCUUCAGCAUUGUGCUGUGAGUGUAAAGUAUUAUGACUGUGAUAAGCUGACUGUAUGUGUUUCCCUGCUCCUUAGCAAUCGGGCAAUAUUCUCCUGUGCAAGACUUUGCCUAGGCACCUCAUCGCUAAUACCAAAUAAACAUACAUAUGAAAGGAAA